AUGAACAUGUCCGAGUGUUCCGACUAUGCUCUGCCUCGCCUCCCAGAGGGGAAGUGCCCAGCAUUAAGACGUAUGAUGGAAGGCCACACUAUUCCUGAUCGCUUCGCCCAUCACAAUGAGCAGACUGUAUCCAGCGGUGUUGAGAUUCUUCCAAAAUGGGUCAACAAGGAUCGGGUCAUUCGAGGACAAGAAGUCUUCGGAGAGCGACCUCCAGCAUUCUGCUAUGGUAUGCUUAUCAAUCUUGUUCUGGGUUCCCGCAUAUCGCGGUUCGCGGACGUCCUCGUUCAUAGUCCCGGUGGGUAUACUGCUGACCUACUGCAAACCUGUCGUCGGUACAAAGACACCGUUGGGCAUGUUGCCUUGUGGAUGACCCCUGGUUCGGAUCUAUUCGAUUCAACUUCGACCGCUCGCAAGAGUCUCCUCCGUGUUCGCUGUAUGCACACUCAAGCAAGGGAACACAUCACAGCUCUUGGUCGCUGUGACGUCGGCGUGGCGGUUUCUCAGUUUGAUAUGGCGCUUGCCUUAUUAGCCUUUUCUGGUAUGGCGGUUGAUAUUGUCAAGAAUGACCUCAACUGUAAUGCCUUGACCGAGGACGAUAUUGAAGCAUACAUCCACCUGUGUCGCUUCGUUGGUUACCUGUUGGGCCUGGAGGACGCCUACAACCCAUGCAAUUCGGUAGCAUCUUGUUCUGAGCUUGUUGCUGAUCUCCAUCUCAUGCUCACUCUUGAUGCCUAUAAUUAUAGCAAGGGCCCAUCAUCAGGUUCUGGCUAUGAGCUUUUUAACGUGCUCCUGCAUUCUUUCGGCUACCACCUCAUUGGUCUAGGGCCAAUUCUGACGCAGGCAUUGCUAGCCGUUCCGGAAACCAAGGCUGCAUUCAGGCACCCCCUCACUGCACCUAUUCAGGUUUAUAGAUUUGAAAUGAUGAUUAUGAAAGGCUUCGGGCAAACCAUCAUCAAUCAUGGUGGGCCGCGGUACAUCGCGCGCGCCCGCAACUUUGGCACAAAUAACGUUAAGAACCCCAGUGCGUUCAGCCAGAUAGUUGAUCGCCUCUUUGCCGUGAGGGCAUUCCUUGUCGAGCAUCUCCUUAUGCCCACCUUCGUCGUCUUUUUCCGAGGCAUGGAUCGGAUCAAAACUGAACCCGAUGAGGAUAAGAGGAUCGAAGCACACGAAAAAUGGCGGAAAAAUUUCCAAAAUUUGAUUCUGCUCCACGAAGAUGAAACAAUCGAGGGUGACUCCGGGCCUUCUGCGAAGACGAUCUUCCUAAUUUUCUUCUUCUCGGACAUUUUAUUGUGCAUCAUCGCCUUCCUCUCAAUUCUCGCAUUAAUACAACAUCUGAUUGUCUAUAGUAUUCGUAUUAUUGUCCCUUAG